UAUAGAUUUUCGGUCGGGUUUCGGACAUAUGUCAAAAGUGAUAAAUGAUUAAAAUAAUUAUACAUAAUAAAAGAACGAUUAUUAUAUAAAGAAAAAGUGUGACUUUUAUGCAAGUAAAAUAAUUAUAACACUACAGCACUUGAAUGAAAGCAGCUAUGAUAAGACAACCCUGUUUCCGCUCAUGUGUGCACCUUAGAAAUGCCUUAGAAGUUCAUGAGAAAAGUACAGCCUGCACUUUUCAAAAAGGCCGCCAAAAAUGUUAUAGCACACAAACAGAAAACAAAAUAACCACAGUUGAGAAGAAGAAACCAAAAAGAAGGAUGAAAGCUUGGUACAUUUACCAGUAUGGAGGCAAUGAAGAAUUAACGCUGUCAGAGGAAGCAAAAAUCCCUGAGAUCACAAGUCCUAAAGAUCUUCUGAUAGAGAUCCAGGCUGCCAGUGUCAACCCAAUUGAUGUUGUUAUGAGAGGAGGAUACGGCAGGAAUCUCAUUAACAAGAUGAGGACCUGGCUGGGCAGGGGGUCUGGUUCAGAGUUCCCACUGACACUAGGGCGGGACUUCUCAGGUAUCGUCCAACAGACCGGUCAUCUUGUAACACGCUAUAAGCCUGGAGAUGAGGUGUGGGGAGCACUAGCAGGGCAGAGGCAGGGAACACACGCCCAGUUCUGUAUUGCUGGAGAGAAUGAGAUUUCCAAGAAGCCCAGUUCUCUGUCUCACAUUGAGGCUGCGUCUCUUCCAUAUGUUGCCACGACAACCUGGGCUGCACUCAUCACCAUGGGACACAUGAGGGAGAACAGUUUCCAUGAUAAAAGGGUUUUAAUUCAUGGAGGGUCAGGUGGCAUUGGAACUUUUGCUGUGCAAUUAAUUAAGGCGUGGGGUGGUGAGGUCGUGGGGACCUGUUCAACUGAUGCAGUGGCCCUUGUGAAGCAUAUCGGCGCUGAUUAUGUGAUAGACUACAGAACUGAGGACGUCCUGAGUCGUCUUGGAGAUAUUGGGAAGUUGGACCUGAUACUUGAUCCAGUGGGAGGGGAAGCCCAAGAGGCCACCAUGAAGUUUCUGCGUCCCUACCAUAACUACGUCACCUUAGUAUUCCCCCUGCUACCUAACGCUGAUAAGCACGGUUUCCUUGCUGGAAUGGCAAAAUCUGCUGUCGACUUAAACUUUGGAAUAACUAAGGGUAUAUCAAAGGGGCUUACUAGUUACAGAUGGGCCUUCUUUAUACCAAACGGUGAAGCACUCAAAAAGGUUGCUGUUUUAGUGGACUCUGGAAAGAUUCAGCCCGUCAUCGAUAAAGUGUUCAAACUGGACGAGUUACCCCUGGCUUACGAGAAGGUUGAACAGAAACAUGGACGGGGCAAAACAGUGAUUGACAUGCGUGCUUGAAACGUGGACGGGACAAAACAGUUUAAUACAUGCAUUUUGAAACAUGGACGGAACAAAACAGAUAUUCACAUGCAUCUUGAACCAUGGGCGGGACAAAAGCUUGAUUAAUAUGCGCAAGUGAAACAUGGUCGGAACAAAAUCGUGAUUGAUAUGCGCGGUUGAAACAUAAAUGCAAAAACCGUGAUUUACUUGCGCGUGUGAAAUGCUGUCAGCGUAAAACAGUAAUUGACAAACUGUACCGUAUUUGCUUGAAAUAUGGGCAUGCAAAAGCUGUUAAAACAACGUGCACGCUUUAAACAUGGGCUGGACAAAACGGUGAUUGAUUGGCGCUCUUCUAUAGUAGAGCGAGUAUAGGCUGGACUAAAUUCGCUUCGCUGUUUUGGUGCAAUGAGUUAAAAUAGUUUUACAUGUACUUUGAUACAAUAAUUUUGUUGAGCAUGAUUUUCAUGUGUGUUUUUCUGGUGUUCUUAUAGUUGUUUUGACGAGUAGUGUUUGAUGAUUCACGCGUAAUUUGAUGCUUAAUCUCACAAAUAAACAGGGGCGUCCGCACAUAGGGGCAAAUGGGGUCAGCUGACCCCCCCCCCCCUGAAAAAUCGAUGAGCGAAAAAGAUAGUUAAAUAUGGAAAAAAUCUAUACGUGUACAAUUAUGAUUCCUGAAUUGAACAAUUUGGGUCAGAAUGACCCCUGGUUAGUUUCACACGAACAUCAACUCCCAUUUACAUGUAAACAAGUCAUGGAUGCGGUUAUUGCACAAUUUAUUAACUCUCAAAACAUUGUUUUAAACAUGAUUCAUUCUUGUUCCUGUUGUACCAUGACAUUGCGUCUUGUUCAAAAUUAUCGAUUUUUUAAAAUUCGUCGAUGGUUAGGACUGUAUCUUUAUAGUCUGAUCGAUAGAAAUUUUGAUGUGGUUCGGAUGGAGUUGAUAUAACAUGAACGCAGGCAUACUAAAUUAUGAAAAUCGGCUUUCUAGAGACUGGAUCAGUGAGUCCAUGUACGGAAUAUAAAUCGUGCGUCGAUAUCAUUCUUCACUGGUUCCACCAACAUUUGCUCGGUUACUUGACGGCCACAUUGCCGUGGUAUUGUCACCAAUAUCCUCGGCUGAUUUUAAUGCCGGGCCGAAUAUAUCCUCCGCGAAAAUCGAAUCUGCAUUUUCUAGAUGAUCGGUGAACAUCGAUGUCAAUUUAUCAACGUGUUUUUUGACACUGAUUAUGUCUAAUUGAACAGCCUGAAGUACUUGCGUGAUGGGCUCUAAAAUGGACGAAUAUUUGGCUAUUAUGUGGAGCGUUAUCACAAAUGUCGCCGUUCCCCAUGCCGUCCAUAGCUGAUGUGCAGUCUGUCGUCCUAUUGUAUUCUGUUCGUUUUGCGCUUUAUAUUUUAACUGACGGCGUAUUUCGAUGAAAUGGUUAGCAAAGAUUCGUAUGCAUUACACCUUGUUUCGCUUUACAAUGGUUUGUUCGGAACUAGCCGUCUUCUCUUAGGGCUCUCUCUGAAAUACUUAAUGUUUGCUUUCACAGCCCCUUUGUGCGUCAGAAAUUGUAUUUAUAUUAUAUAUGAGAAAAGUCACUAUGAUCAAAGGAGAGAAAAAUAGGUAUAACCUACUCCAAUACAGUCAAUUUAUCAAUUCCAAAUCCUAACUCGUAACCUUUCAAAUAUACUUCAUGAUGCACCAUUAUCUUGCCUUAUUCUCAAAAUUUUCUACGCCUCCGGCGGCAAAGAGGAAAAAAACCUUGACCCCCCCUAGGAAAAUUCCUGCGGACGCCCAUGCAAAUAAAUGAAUGUGGCCCUAUAUCCAGAUAAUAAGUUAAUGAACUGGUUCAUUGUUUUCAAUUCUUUUGUUCUAAUUGUAUGAGAGUUGUUGCAAAUAUAUGUUGUACAAGGAUUUUACGGAUUACUGGUAAUGCUGUUACAUGUCACGUCACGGGAACGAAACAAAAAGCAGUUACAUGUCAUUACGGAGACGCCAUUUCAGUAGCAUUUUUACGGUAUAUGUGUAUUUCAAAGCUAACCAUGACAAUAACCGAAUUUAUAUUAAAAGUUUUAAUGUAAAAGUAUUGUUCUUAUCUUAUUUAAUCAUAUGAGUUACAUCACGUUGAACACAACAAUUACGAAUAUUCUUAUUUUAAGUAGAUUCUAAAUGAAAUAUAUUUUGAGUUGUUUCCAACGUCAACUGAGUUGUGACGUCAUAUCCGUAAAUAACUUGGGAUUUAUCCGUGCGCUUUUGUCAAAUUAUUUUUUUCUCGACCUGGAAAUUUUAGAUGUUAAUUCGCCAAAAUAUCGCUUUACUCAAUGAAAAUAGAGAAUAUUACAUGACUGUGGUGUUCCAAUGCGUUGUGUUGCACGAGAAGAUUGUGUGACCUCGUAUUUCACGAGCCCUCUGAGCACAGUUUAGAAAUUAUUAGUGUUAAGUUUAUUUAUUAUGUGUACCCUGUUAUCUUAAUGUGUACAGUGAAAUUAUAGGGAAAAAACUUAACACGUUGAGUUUU